AUGCCCAUUCUCGAGUACCUGCAGUUUGCCAUCGGCCGACUGCUCUACCCCAUUCGCGCCCAUGAUUCGCGCCAGCUGAUCUACUGGCCCGCAUUCCAGCACCUGCCCGAGCCGAACAUGACUCUCGAGUCCGAUUGUGGUCCCUCCGGCUCCAGCCUGCCUCUGCGCUGCAGUAUGAUCGCAAAGGACCGGAGCGGUGCUUUACCGGAGCUGCACUGGAGCGCCCCAGAGUCUACGGAACCCGUCAAGGAAUACAUGUUGGUCUGCGAAGAUAUCGACAUUCCCAUUCCGUUCAUGGUCAUUCACCACGGUCUGUUCUGGGCCAUUCCCGCACCUGUGACUGCCGCCAUGCCAGAAGAUGUCCAGCCACACGAAGAUGCCGAUCAAACUCAUCGGACCAAAGCCGGCUGGCGUUUCCUUCCCAACAUCAUGAGUAAACCCUACAUCGGUGCAGGCGCUCCGUUGGGCCACGGAAGUCACCGCUAUGUGUUUACCAUCAUCGCUCUCAAUACUGCACUGGAAAUGGAUGCCCCCGAAAAGGUGACCAAGCAGGAGAUCAAGCAGGCUAUGGAGGGCAAGAUAAUCGGCUGGGGCCAGUGGACGGGCGUCUUCGAGCGGCCCUGGCCCACCUAG